AUGGCGCCUUACGAGAUGGCGUCCGUCGACACAAUCCUGGCUCUCGACAAGCGUUAUUUCCCAUAUCCAAACAGUCUGGAAACAUUGUCGCCUACAUACCAAAAAGGCCUGAUCCCCAUCACCAUCUUCGCCAUGAUGAGUCUGCUCUCAGUCACAGCAUUGCUAGGUUUCAUUACCCACCGCUUGAUUUCAUGGCGGAGACACUAUCGGGAAUACGUGGGCUACAACCAAUACGUUAUCCUCAUCUACAAUUUGCUCUUAGCAGAUCUUCAACAGUCGAUUGCGUUCUCAAUAUCCUUCCAUUGGCUCCGAAUCGAUGCCAUUCUGGCUCCAACAGCACCCUGCUUCAUUCAAGCCUGGUUCCUGAACAUCGGAGAUGUGGCAAGUGGACUCUUCGUCCUGGCUAUCGCAAUCCACACAUGGCUCGGCGUCAUCAAGGGCUACAAGAUGCCUUAUAUGUGGUUCGUCAUAUCGAUCCUUGGCGUCUGGCUCUUCGCUCUACUGCUGACCGCUAUCGGUCCGGCAAUGUAUAAGGACCGCUUCUACACAAGAGCCGGCGGCUGGUGCUGGAUCUCAUCGGACUUUCAGGACGAACGCUUAUGGCUGCACUACCUCUGGGUGUUCAUUGUCGAAUUUGGCACUAUUGCAAUCUAUGGCCAUGUCUUCAUCCACCUCCGUGGCCGCAUUCGAAGCAUUAUAACGAACGAUACCUCAAAACUGACGAGGGCCACUAAGUUCAUGGUCUUGUAUCCCAUCGCCUAUCUGGCCUUGACCUUACCAAUCGCCGUGGGACGAAUGGUUGCUAUGGGAGGGGAAACGCUUCCAGAUACCUUCUUCGUAGUCGCAGGCUCCCUUCUCACGUCUUGCGGCUGGGUCGACGCCGUCCUCUACGCCCUUACACGUCGCGUCCUGGUCAACAAUGAACUUAGCACUGGCCAAUAUGCCCACACCGUCAACGCCACAAUGACCAACCCAGCGCGUCCGGGCGAUGACCAGAACUACGGCCUGACAUCCAUAUCUACUAAGGAACCCAUUACAGCAACUGCACGCACCGUCACCAUCGUCGGAGGCAGCAAUAGACUAUCGCGCAUAGUCGAUCCCCGCCGCGGCCGUGGCACGCUGCGCUCGAAACACCACGAUUCCUUUGCAGAAACCAGCCCAACACGGUCUGGCUCACAAGACUCGAUCAUCAAGCCGAUGCGUCAAAACGAAAUCAACAUCGUUACCGAAACGAACAUUCACGUCGAAACUGCGAGCUAUGGCAGCCAUGAUAGCCAUGACUUCGCAUCGGGCGCGCCGUCGCCGUCGAGACCGAUGAGUAAUACAGACUUCAGCAGGCAGUCAUGA